CACCUUGCCGUCGGAUUGAGCAACUCACAAACAUCCUCGUCUACACAACUCGAAGCAAUGGUCGGACCUCCAACUAAGCGCCAGAAGCGUGGCGAAGUGCCUGAGGGGAAGCUGCCACAGAAGAAAUUCUUCCGCCAAAGAGCCCACGCAAACCCCUUCUCCGACCACAACCUAACUUAUCCCGAGUCGCCCACUGCCUUCGAUUGGGCAGAACUAUAUCCGGCAUAUGCAGUUCGAGAUGGCAAGGAGAACCAAGAUGCGUCGUCUGCACAGGAGAAGAGUGUGGGAAAGAUAUCAAAACAGGUCGAAGUAGCAGAUAUCGGUUGUGGCUUCGGAGGCUUGCUGUUCGCAUUGGCUCCUAAAAUGCCAGAGACCUUAUUGCUGGGCAUGGAGAUUCGUUCUGCCGUGACAGAAUACGUCCAGACAAAAGCCAAGGCAUUACGAUCGCAGCAUACCGAAACUCAGGCCUUCCAAAAUGUCGCCUGCUUGCGCGCCAACACGAUGAAGUUCCUGCCCAACUUCUUCACCAAGGGACAGCUCAACAAGAUCUUCUUGUGCUUCCCCGAUCCGCAUUUCAAGGCUCGCAAACACAAGGCUAGAAUCGUCAGCACAACACUAAACUCACCAGGCGGCAUUGUCUAUACCAUUACCGACGUCGAGGACCUUCACAACUGGAUGGUCGAGCAUCUAGACGCCCAUCCAUCCUUCGAGCGCGUCUCUGAGGCUGAGCAGGAAGCCGACGAGUGCGUGGCUGUCAUGCGUCAAGAAACUGAAGAGGGCAAGAAGGUGACGAGGAACAACGGCAACAAGUAUGUUGCGCUCUUCAAACGUCUCGAAGAUCCCGCAUGGCCUUGA